AUGGCGCCGACAACUUCUCCACCGGCUCCGCCUACUGCUUCGUCGUCAGCCUCCACUCCUGGCAAUGGUGGUGCUGGAUACCGCAAUGUGAUGCAAAAUUGUCACGACAAUGCAAUGGUGUUGAAGGAAGGGUUGGAGAACACAGGGAGAUUCAGCAUAGCAUCGAAGGACAUGGGAGUCCCCGUGGUGGCGUUCAGUCUCAAAGACAGAAGUCGCCACGACGAAUUCGAGGUGUCAAAAAUGUUACGACGGUUCGGGUGGAUGGUGCCGGCGUAUCCAAUGCCAGAGGGGGCCAAGCAUGUGUCAGUUCUUCGUGUGGUGAUUAGAGAAGAUUUCUCUCGCAUCCUUGCGGGGUGUCUUGUGCAGGACAUCGUAAAGGUUCUGGAAGAGCUCGAUAGUCUUCACCAAAUAAAAACGGUUGGAUUUAGUUAUUUGAAUUAG